AUGGGCAAUGAGAUAAGAGGACAUCUCGUUGGUCCGAUGCCAGUCGAACAAUUUCUUGAGAAAUACCUGCCGCCUUCAAUGAUCCCGGAUUAUCAACCCUUAACCUCCUUCUCGGAUGGCGCCUUCGAGAGCACACUCUCUGCUGCCCAUGAGACGAAAGCUUACAAACCAUUUAUUGAUACCAUAACAUCUUUUGCUCCUGGUCUAUCGUUUAUCGAUACCCACAGCAAUGCAGACACGACAAACUGUGAAUCAUUCACUUUCAAAAUCAAACCGGAUAUCUGUGUCUAUGCCGAUGGGUCCUCGCCACCCCGCGCUGGACAAUCCUCCUGCGAUAUUUCUGCCACAGAAGUGGUCAUCGAAUUCAAGUGGGAACCACAUCAUAAUCCAUUCUACACACCCGCAAAUGGCCCGGGUCCUACAUCGCACUUUAUAUCUGAGACCGACAAGGCCAUGGACACGCUGGGUCAAAUAACAAGCUAUGCUGCAGCUCAACUUGGCGCACAAUAUCGUACUCACGCAUUCCUGGUCCUGAUCGUCUAUGAUCAAGCUUACAUCCUAAGAUGGGAUAGGGAGGGAGCUACCGUUUCUUCCGCCAUUCAUUACAACGAAGAACCACAUUUGGCUGACUUCUUCCAUCGUUACGGACAAGCAUCGCCUGCAUUGCGUGGCAUCGACACAUCGGUAACGCCCGCUAGUGCAGAGGAGGCUCGCCUUGCAAGGUUGCAAUUAGGCCUUCCCGCUACCAAGCGUAUGCUGAAAACGACCGUCCCUGGUGUCGAUAACUCUGAUUCGAUUACCUUGAUUUUUCCUGCACCUCUGGCAGUUGGUCAAACCCCUAUAGGCCGAUGUACACGCGCGUGUCCUGCGUACGAUCUUGGCAAUAAAAAGGUCGUCAUGUUUAAGGACUCUUGGCGGGUCGCGAUCGCUGGUGUUCUACCAGAAGGCGAAACGUACAGACUAUUAAAAGAGCACAAUGUUUCCAAUGUCGCAUCAUGCAUUGCAUGUCAUGACGUGCCCUCUAUAUCUCAACAAGCCCCGCAGACUUACAAGUUUGCAGAUGCCCCCUGGGCGUGUUGGCACGACACGAUCACUCCGCACAUUCAUUAUCGCCUGGUUCUGAAUAUUGUGGGGAAGCAGCUGUGUGAAUUUGAAAGUUCUCAUCAGUUCGUCGCAGCCAUUCGUGACGCAUUAAUUGCACACAAGGACGCAUAUCAUAAUGCGGGCGUGUUACAUCGAGACCUUAGUGCCGGAAACGUUGUUAUCCACGAGGGCAAGGGGAUCCUCAUUGAUUGGGACCUAUCAAAAUUGAUCAGCAUUCAAGGUGCUCGACAAGUAACCCGUACGGGAACCUGGCAAUUCAUGUCGGCUCACCUGGUCCAAAAUAGAGACGCCAGACAUGGUGUCGAGGAUGACCUGGAGUCCAGUCUCUACGUCGUUCUAUGGAUUGCCUUAAUGUACACGAAGAGUCACUUGGACAUCCCUGUCCGAUCAUUACUCAUGAAGGACGUCUUCGAAGUUAAUGAAUUGGAGGGAGUUGGAUCAACUUCAAAAUCGGCGUUCCUCAACUCAAGACUCCAAUUUUCGCGGGAUGUAUUCGUUGACCGCAAACCGCUCGACAGCCUUGUUCUCGCACUUGCAGAGCUCUUUGCGAUUCGGUAUACUUUGGUCACUCGGGAGGAGCAGAAAGCAUAUGCUACCCUAUGCGACUACAUCAAAGGUUUAAAACCAGACGCUGCUGAAUUGGCCUCCCUCGUAAAUCUCUCGAAGGCACAUACUUGUUACAGGUUGAAGAUGGACAUGGAGGCUUUGAGGUCACAUGACAAGAUCAUAGAAGUUUAUGAUCUCCACCUCAGAUUGGACGGCUGGAUUGAAGACCUUCCUGUAGCGCAAACCAUCACCUCCUACGAUAAGCACCACGUAAAGCGGCGCAUCUUCACGAAGUCACAAUGUGGUUCAUGGGUAGAACUCACAACAUCCAGCAAGAGACGUAGGGUUGAGGGGUAA